UUGACUGUUGCCAGCCUGGCAUAAUCCUGCCUGUUCUUCACACUGAUACGUCCUGAUUCCCCCUCCGCUCACCAGAAUGGCCAUGUCACACGACAUUCCUGUUACAAUUGGACCUGGAGUCAAGCCUCGUCAUGUAAAAACUAUGGUCAUAAAAGAAAAGACAACAAACACCUAUGGCCCACCUGUGGGACUGAACAUGGCAUUUGCCAGUGAUCCAGACUUUAUCUGCUUCGAUAAGGCUACACAAACUUUAUUUGAGGAUGAAGAUGAUCUGAUCGAAGAUCAGAAGGCAAAUUCAUGCGCAGCUCGCUUGUUUGUGCCUGCUAAAGAAAAAGGUUAUGUGCUGAAGACAAAAACCAAAGUGAGGGAGCGAGCCUCUACAACCCAGCCAAGAUCAGAGCUUCACAACUUCCUCCCAAAGGAGAAACAGAGAAAAGACGACGAGCCUUUGGAAUAUUGCCACGGUGUCACCUUGCAGCCAGAUAAUGAAGAUGUGGAUGAGAGAUUUCUAAAAGAUGAUGCAACAGCCACAGUUACUGGUCAGAUACUUUUAGUCGUGGCUAGUCUAAGGGACGCUGACAAAACCAGUAUCCAGGCAGCUGCAGCUAUGCUAAACUCAAUCCUGAAGAAAGAAAUGAACAAACUGAGAGAAAAGGUGCCAGAGAUCAUUGAUAUUAUUUAUUUUCACCUGCGUGCCAUCCAGGAACCUAGUGCAAGAGAAGCUGUAAUAGGGGCUGUUUGUCUCCUGGCUGAAAAACAUACAGAGGAAGCCAUCUCAAGCCUUCUGAGACUUUCACUGCUUUGUGACAGGCAUAUUACUCAAAUUUGGGAAGCUCUGGGCCAAGCUAAGCAGACUGUCAGACUCCAGGUUCUAGCCAAGCUUCUUGAAGUGCUAAAAAGAAAACCUGACUUCAGCAGUGAACCAUCAGAGUCAGACUCAAAGUUCAAGGAUAAUUCCCUUCUACCUCUAGCUGCAACAAAGGCCCUGUGCAUUAUAUUUAGGGAUAAAAAGUGCAAAGUGCCUAUGAACAGUUUUUAUGUAUCUGUCAUCAUCUUCCUGGUAAUUCAGCUGCAUUACUUGAAUUGUUCAGAAAUUGACUAUGGACAGGAGGAUAUAUUCAAAACAUCAAGCUAUAUAAGCUGUACCAUGGAAGCUUUAAAAGCCUUAAUUAAAAGGGAGAAGACUCCUCAGACAUGUUUUACAAGUCUAACAGGAAGCUGGGACCUUCUGUCUUCACCAGAGAAUUACCUCGAAGGGGUUCUCCUUUUGGCCAGAGCCCUUGUCAAACAUCACAGCGGGCUUGACUAUGCUGUAUUUACCAAGGUGAUACCACUUCUCCAUCAUGGGGAUGACAAACAGAAGCUAACAGCAAUGGCCUUUUUCACUGCACUUCUGUCUUCUGAUUCCACCUACACGGUGCUACAAAAACAUUAUAUUUUGGGCCUAUUAAAGAACUGGCAGACUGAUUCGAGAGCAACCUACCGCUGGCUCAGUCUCAAUGGAUUGGGCAAUGUAGCUCAUCACCUGCAAAAUAAGAAAGAACUCACUGCCCUAAUUCUGGGUAUCCUUCCAAGUUUCAAUGACCCUGAUGAGAAGGUGGCCUUGACAGCUAUGGAAGUUAUAACGAAGAUUGUUGCACAUCACAAGAACAAUGUCAAUGUAUAUGUGAAGAUCACCGAGCAGCUUCAGCCAUUCUUGGCUGAUACGAGGAGCAAAAUAAGCUGUGCAGCAAAUAAGUUGUUUCAAGACAUACUUAAAAGCAUAGAUGUGAAAGACAAAUCCAUUAUGCAAGACCAUGUUCUCACCAGUAUUGUUACACUGAUGGUGAAUCUACAAGACCCACAUCAGGAUGUGGUUAAGAGUCGUAGGGGCAGCUUAAAGGAGUGUGAAGUCUUUCAGGGAUGGACAAUCCAUGACAGCCAAGAUUCUUGGGACACAAUUUGCAAACGCCUUGUUAGGGAGCACCCAGAAAAACUGAGGAGCUUCCUGAUCCAGGCACAAGAUUAUCGUCAAAGUCCACGGAAGUCUUCAAGUUCUGCAGCCACCAUUUUUAUAGAUUCCAUCCUAUACCACAUGGAAUUGAGUCCUGUGCAAAGAUCAGAAGUGGACUUCUUGAAACAAGCUUUCAGCUCUUGUCCAUCAGAAAACCAGCACCCGGUUCCUGUGGUUCUUCAGCCAGAAAAAGUACGCAGGCAUUGGUCAGAUCUAUUCAGAUGUUCCCGCUAUUUCCCAAAAUCCUGUUUUUGAUUCCUGUAUCUGAAGAUAAUAUCCUCCUGAAUAAACACUGUAUGAAUUUCUCAGUAAAGGUUUAUUGUGC